AUGGAACGUAUGACCCAGAUGAUCCCGGAUCUAGAAAUGAGGCUAGAGCUACUAUCGAAGCCCUACCUAUUAUACCGAAAAGGGCAAGGUAUUCCUAAACCAAACCGCUGGAACUAUCAUUCCCCAGCUGCUAGAUCUAUAGUUGUUGCUUCAGAUCCCAGAACAAUGGGACAAGCCGAAGGGAUCCUCAAACAAAGGGCAGCUCCUGAACAAAGGGCGCUUAAAACGAACGCAAAGGCAGCCAACCAGAGCAAGGGAUUAGGUAAGCAGACUAACCAGAGAGUCGGAUACGCUUUAGGACUAGCCGAAGACAGACCACUAAGGAGAUUCGGAGUUAGUUAA